AGUGACAUUAGUUGACAAGCGGGCUGACUGCAGGACGAUAUUUUGGUGAAAACGAAAGCGACGCAGGGAUUAUCGUUCUUGUUGGCUUGGAAGCUGGAGGGGACACGUUUACGUGACGGGGACACUGGCGGCGACAGUGUUAAGCAAAUCUCAUCCGUGCUGAUCAGCUGAAUUCAACUAGGAAGCACAGUUACAGGAAGAGCUGUGUCUCCGAUCGAAAGAAGCAGCACAAAGUCUGGUUACUGCGCCCAUACAAUGGCAACGGAGAACAGCAAGAAGUAUGUAUACUUCAUAAUCUUGAAGACCCCAAACUCCAUCUUCUGUGGCCAUAUAUGCUACAUUUUGGAAAGAAAGUAUGAUUCCAUUUUGGAUUCCCCGGAAUACACAAAGAAACUGUCAGUGAGCUGCACAUCUUUAGGGAUCGACCUAGAUGUAGAAUUUGAAGCUCUGCAGCUAUUAACAGUGAAGGAGGCAGAGCUGCUGCUGGCCCUGAACAAUGAAGAAGAACGGCUGAUGACCUUUCAGGAAAAAGAGCAUCUGGAAUUUGCCCUCAGCCUCACCGAAGGCACCACGGUGAGCGUGGAGGUGACUGGAGCAUGGUGUGACGGGGUAAUCCGCUACAUCGGGACGAUCACGGAUACGAGGGUGCACACAGCCCCCAUAUCGGGAACCGUGUUUGGGAUUGAACUGGAGGGGAAAUACAGAGGAAAAGGCAUGAACGACGGCACAUUCUGCAGCAGAAGGUACUUCACCUGUGCUGCCAACUGCGGUGUCUUCGCCCCUUUCACCCGAAUCCGAGUCGCGGUCCAGAAGAAACCGGAUUCCCCUCCAUCCAAGACGCACGAUUCAAGAAGCCAGAUGGAGCCUCUCAAAAUUGGGGACAGGGUGACAUUCUUCACGGACGACGACAACGGACGCCACGGUACUGUCAUAGAGCUGGAGAUACAGCAGGAUGCGAAACACGUGCUCAUCCACACGGAUGGAAGCGAGAAGGAGGAGGAUGGACACAUUGUCAAUCUGCCCAUCGCCUGCGUCAUCCGGGAAGAGCUGCUCUCUCCAGCAGACCUGAAAGUGAAACUGACCCCGGAUCAGACAUUGGCAUCGAGUGUGGAUGGAGAGGCUGAUGAUAUCAGCCUGAACUCAAUGGUGCAGGUGGAGAUGAAUGGGAGGAAGGUGUACGGAACGGUGCGGUGGAUCGGCAAGCUGCCAGAUAAGGAAGGGAUCAUGGCCGGAUUGGAGAUGGAAGAGGACCUUGGCGUCAGUGACGGCACCUUCAAGGGGCAGCGGUUUUUCCGCUGCCCUGCCAAAAGAGGCCUGUUCAUCCGGCUGUCCUCCUGCCAGCCCGACACCCGCUUCCUCCCCCCGAAGGUGGAUGAGGGGGCACCAUCCAGCAAGUUUUCAGACAUAAAUGGAGCAGAUGAUGGGCCUGUGUUUGGCAACGUCGCCCCCCUCAGGACAGACCAGGUGCAGCAGCUGCUGAUAGGCAACAUGAAGGGGAUCCAAGGACACUGCAACUCGUGCUACAUGGAUGCAGCCCUCUUCAGCCUCUUUUCCUGCUCCUCUGUGCUGGACUCCUUACUCUUCAAGUCGGCUGGCUCAGUAGAUCAGUCCGUCCAGACCAUCCUUCGAGAAGAUAUUGUCAACCCGUUACGCAGUAAGGGCUUCGUGACGGAGAGGAGCGUCAUGAAACUCCGCAAGAAGCUGCAGGCUAGCAGAUACAUGACCACAGGCCCCACCUUCACCACGGACGAGAAAGAUCCGGAGGAGUUCCUUAACCUGAUUGGCCAUAUCCUGCACCUGGAGCCGCUCCUCAAGCUGUCGACGGGGAAGAAGGUGCAGGAGAGUUUCUGCUAUCAGAUAUUCCUGGAUCAGGAGAGUCUGGUGCUGCCCACAGUCCAGCAGCUUCUGGAACAUUCUUUUUACAACAACUCCCUCAAGCUAGCUGAGGUGCCUUCCUGCCUCAUCCUGCAGAUGCCCCGGUUCGGAAAGAAGUUCAAGAUGUUUGACAAAAUCAUCCCCUCCCUUGAGCUGGACAUCAGUGACCUCUUGCUGGAGAAUCCUCAGGAGUGCGUGCUGUGCGGAGAGCUGGCCGCAGUGGAGUGUGCUGACUGCUUUAGAGACCCUGUCUUUGGGAGCACGGGCUUCAAACAGUUCUGCAGCACUUGCUCAAAGCAGGUACACCAUCACCCCAAACGAAGAUCCCAUACCCUGUGUACACUCACCCCCCCAGAGGGAUUCCAGCAGUCAAUCAUCAUCCCCAGGGAGAAGCUACAGUUGUUUGCAGUGCUGUGCAUCGAAACCAGUCACUAUGUCUCCUUUGUCCGACAUGGCCCCGAGCCCAAAGAUUGGAUCUUCUUCGACAGCAUGGCCGACCGGAAGGGCGACCAGGAUGGAUUCAAUGUUCCCCGGGUGCAGCCGUGCCCCGAGGUGGCACGCUACCUGACCAUGCCGCUGAGCCAGCUGGCCAGUCAGAAUCCACGCGAGAUGGAGGGUGUGGCCAAGCGCCUCUUCUGCGACGCCUACAUGUACCUGUACCAGAGUCCGAGCAUGGCGCUGUACCACUGAGGGAACAUCACGCAAUCCCAUUUUGCCCUGGUCACCAGAUCGUUUGUGAUUGGUCACGGUCUCCGCUUGGUAUCUCCAUGAUACCAGUCACUUCCUGUCUUACUGGCGCCUGCCUGUGUCUUGCUAACGGGUCACCCGGCUCUCCUGGCUGUCCUUCAUGCGAUAUGUUCUGUUCAGAGACCCCAACUGGUGUUGUUACAUUAUGGUGACCACAGCUUCGGGAGGCCAGCUUGAUCUGGAAACUUGGAGCCAGCUGCGAUUUAAGAUUAUUUGCACUGCUGUAAUUUACACUGAGACAGAAUGAAGAACACUGUACUACAGAACUGCUGUAUGGGAAUAAUACCGGUCCUAGCAAAUGUUUUUAAGUGCCUGUCGAAUCCUGUUCCCAAGAAGUGCCUUCUGUUAAUCACAGGGAACAGAACAUACCUGCUAUUAAUCAUUAUAAAUGGGAAGUACCUGCUAUUAAUCAUUAGGAACAGGAAGUACCUGCUGGACCAAAUAAGAUUUGCCUUGGUUUGCACAUGAGAUCACAUCUCCUGUCAGUGACUUCGGCUGCCACAUGGUGGCGCUCUCUGUGUUCUUAAACUGCUUUGAGACACAAAGUCUAGUUGUGCCAAAAUUGUGCAGUAUAUAUAUAUAUAUAUAUAUAUAUAUAUAUUUUAGUUGCACACAAGAUCUAGAUUUGGGUUUCAUCCCAAAUUUUUGUGAAGGUGAAUUAUAACUGACACUGUUCCUUGUUUGGGUUUUUCACAAGAUGAUGCCCAAAAUGUUUUGUAAAUGUAUGACCUCUGUAAAAACCUGGUUGUGUUGAGGUUCUGCUAGGUGUUUCCCUUUACCUGCUUUGUUCAAAGCCAGUGACUUGUUUGAAUAAAUAAUUCUGCUGAGAAGCCGCUUGAAGCUGGUCUACAUAAAGUCACCGGUGGCUCCGGGGGGGCAGGGUUGUGGUUCCCGUCCCUCCCAGUUUAAGUUUGCUUUGUAUACUGUAUCUGCUAAUAAAUGCAGGCCAGAGGCCUAUGAAGGAA